AUGACACAGAACCAGACAUGGAUCACAGAGUUUAUUCUUCUGGGAUUCCCGCUCAGUCCCAGCACACAGAUGCUCCUGUUGGGGCUCUUCUCCCUCUUCUACACCUUCACCCUGCUGGGGAAUGGGGCCAUCCUGGGCCUCAUCUGCCUGGACCCCAGGCUGCACACCCCCAUGUACUUCUUCCUCUCCCACCUGGCCGUCGUUGACAUUUCCUAUGCUUCCAACAAUGUGCCCAAGAUGCUGGCAAACCUCGUGAACAGGAAAAAGACAAUCUCUUUUGUUCCCUGCAUAGUGCAGACCUUUUUAUACAUGGCUUUUGCUCACACUGAGUGUCUCCUCUUGGUGGCCAUGUCCUAUGAUCGGUAUGUGGCCAUCUGUCACCCCCUACAUUAUGCUGUCAUCAUGAGCUGGAGAGUGUGCACCAUCCUGGCUGCUGCUUGCUGGGUGUGUGGCUCCCUCCUGGCCUUGCUCCACGUGGUCCUCCUCCUGAGGUUGCCCUUCUGUGGGCCUCACAAGAUCAACCACUUCUUCUGUGAGAUCCUGUCUGUCCUCAAGCUGGCCUGUGCUGACACCAGGCUCAACCAAGUCGUCAUCUUUGCUGCUUCUGUGUUCAUCUUGGUGGGGCCCCUGUGCUGGGUGCUGGCGUCCUACACGCGCAUCCUGCUGGCCAUCCUGAGGAUCCAGUCAGGGGAGGGCCGCAGGAAGGCCUUCUCCACCUGCUCCUCCCACCUCUGCGUGGUGGGGCUCUUCUUUGGCAGUGCCAUCGUCAUAUACAUGGCCCCCCAGUCCCGCCACCCUGAGGAGCAGCAGAAGGUCCUCUCCCUGUUCUACAGCCUUUUCAACCCCAUGCUGAACCCCCUGAUCUACAGCCUGAGGAACACUGAGGUCAAGGGGGCCCUGCGGAAGGUGUUGUGGAAGCAGAGAUCAAGGUGA